CGAUGUUCGCAGUGCUGUCAAGGAUGUUCGGAAGAAGUUGCAGUCUAAAAAUGCAAAGACCGUUGCUGCCAUCAUGGACUUGGCGAAGGGCAACCCCGUGCCCGCGGCUCCAUUUGACCUCUCCAACCUUUCGCCGGCUCCGUAUUGUUUCCUUCUCGAAGAAACAGGCUGCUACUGGACGAGCGACCUGCUGCUGGCCGUUUUCGCGUUUUACCAUUCUGUGGCGUUGGGACAAGAUCGCAACCCGCAUCAAAUAAAAGCAAUCCACGCGGGUGAUUGUUGCCAUGCAGACACGACGGCGCAGGAGGGUCGGCCAGCUAUGAAAUUUGCCGCGGUCCCGAUACUAUGGAUUGCAAAAGUGUCUGGGCCUGGAAAGAAUGGAAUGCGUGAUGUUACAUUUGGAUUUAUUUUUAUAAAAAAUCUGUAUUGGAUGAGCAGCAGCAGAAGCCUAGUUUUUUCUACGGGAAGAGGGCACUUCUCAUGCGGGAUAGGCAUCAGGACGGCCUCAAGAAACCUGUGAUGCUGGGGCAGACAUCGCAGACAUCUAUCUUGGGUCAUGCAAAAUGUGCAUGACAAACCUCGUAUCCUUCCAGACCAAGACAUUUUUGCAUUUGAUAGAUACGGAAAACCCCGGAGGGAGAGUAUUGCCUGACCGAACUGGUCGGGUUUUUAGCGUGGGUCGUCGAGGAGCAGACUGCUACUUACGAGGUGGGAAUGCAGAGCUUUCUGCGUCUUCUGGAGAGCCGUUGCGGUGUUUCGGCGCUCAACACUGCCGUCGCGGCCUGGGACGGAACCCCAACAAUUAGCCAGGCUCUGUUAGACCGUGUCUACCGCCCCGGGAAGAGCGCAGCGGCGUUGGUUUCCAAAAUCGACCCGAUGAAGGCAGUUGCGACGAAAGGCAAGCGACCGGGGGAGGGAAUAAAAAGCGAAGCGGAUCCGUUUUUGAGCGACGCGGAGUCCCUUUUCGAUGAAGAUGGUGGCGACUUUGUGGACCCCGGCACGCGUCCGAUCCUGAGAAGGGAUUUGCCACAUAUCGAGAGGACAACGGUGAAGCAUAAAGUCGGGGCGUGGCAAGGCGUAUGGCGCUGGCUUCCGUUCAUAUUGGACCCACGCCUUUUUAGUGCCGCGGCCUGCCUCCUCCUGCAGCGCGUCCGCAGCCGAAAAGAAAAAGACUUCCGCUACCUCUUGGGCACCAAAUUCGACACGCUGCCGGAUGGGACCUUUGUCGCGAAGAGCGGUUGGUGCACCGGAAUGACUGGCAUGGACUUCAAGACGCCCCGGCCCCCGUACGCGGAGCAGACGACCGAACGCGCCUGGGGUGUUGAACAGAUGCAGAGGGACGCGGCGAGGAAGGCCAAGGACCCAAUCCAACACUUCGGCGUGGAAACUGCCAAACACUACCGCAACCGAGGGUAUGUCGAGCAGCAGUUGCGUUACGAGACUGGUCCCGCCGGGAACGCCGUCCCCAAACCGACGGGCCGAUACCUGUUGCGGUGGGAUGCGCCGCUCGUGGCCGAGGUCGCGGGGCACUCCAAAUCCGUCAUCAGCUGCAAAAAGAAGGCGAGCGUCCGACAUUUCGCCCCCGGCAGCAGGUUGGGAGAACAGUACAAAGAGCUCAGCGGGGAACAGCUCCGGGACCGUGUGGAAAAAGGCGAAAUAGAGAUCCACGAGCGCUUUCUCGGGGAAGAUGAAGAAUACCUUGUUACAGUCCUCCCGAACUACGUCCAUUCGAAACAAAAAAGCGCCCCGGCGCCGCCGAACGCCCUUUCGCUUGAUCUGGCAUGCUGGUUGUUGACGACGGAUUGCUCCCCCGGGAAGCCGAACUACAAACCCCUGAGCGACUACAGGCCCGGAACAGCCGAGGCGCGGCACCACUGGAAGAAGGUGCGGAAGCUGAUGGGCGAGUUCCGGGAACUCCAGCGGAAAAAGCAGCAGGAGGGCCAGGCAGUUCCUGUAGUGGACUUCGAUGGCUUGGGUGGUGGGAACCCAGAGGCCGGGGAGGCGGGUUCCGGCGAACCUCCGCAGGAAGAUGCGGCGGAAACGGCCGCGGAAGCACAGCAGGCCGGUGGCGAAGCUUCCGGAGGACCUGCGGAAGGGUUCCUGCCCGCCGCGAAUGCAAAAGCCGCUUCUGGUGAUUCCUUCCGCGAGCAACGUGUGGGUGUGGACGCCACUGUGCAUGCUGCCGGCAAUACCAACAACAAAGAAGUGAUGGACUCGGACGUGCCAGACUCAGAAGCAUCGGGGGACGACCCGCACGGGCCGCCGCUUGAUCAUGCGGUGAAGAGCAGUAAGGAAACGAGAAGCCUGUUCUUCGCCCAAGUACUGGGGAAGAAGAACAUGAAAGCGGCCGGGCUCGGUUUCAGUUCGCAGCGUGCGGAGCCGAAGGGCAAGAGGAUGGGCGCAAGUGGUGGAAACGAUGACGGCCCCGCCUAUCAAAUGCAAAAGUGUCUGGGUCUGGAAGAUUGCGAGACUUGUCAUGCUUGUCUGGCAUGACAAAAAAGUUUGUGAUGCGUGUCCAAGAAGUAGAAGAGACCCUUUUCCGCCCUUCUGCCUGUCAUGCAAAAACGCAGUUUCUCAUGCGAAAAACGUAACAAAAAGAACUACAGAUAUUUCUCAUGCUUGGCUGCGCAUUACAGAGCAUUCACUGUUCCCAACACAGCGUUACAAGUUUCCAGACCCAGACAUAUUUGCAGUGCAUACCGCCGCAUACGAUCCGAAAAGAUUGCAGUUGAUGGCCGUAUCUGCUGAUUGGGUGUUUGGGUCUGGAAAAGUGCCGAUGUCGAGUCGGUCUGUGCAUGCUUUCGGUCGUAUGCAGGAUAGUGAUUAGGGUGUGAGAGUCGCUGGCGUGGUCGCUUCCUGACUCGACAUCCUCCAGGCGGUGCGACCAUGUCAUGUGCUCAGCUGGCAUCUGCGUGAUGUCAUGUAAUCUUUCACUUUGCAUCUGCACUGCUCUUCCAGGCUCAGACACAUUUGCGGCCCAUACUCGACUGGUGAUGACUUCGACGCACAGCUGGCAGACGAUGGAAAGUAUUCUUUCGGCGAGGAAAUUCAAAUUUUGGGAGGUGGCGGCAGUACUGACGCGCGGGGUCCGAAGGCAGGCGCUGUGAUGGCAAAACGCGAAGAAACCUCGCUGAGUGAAGAUUCCCUGUCCGAGAAUUCUGAGGAUGACUUGGAGGCGCUGAAGCUGAAAGAGCGAAUCCGAAAACUGAAAGCGAAGAUGAAGGAGAAGCAGGAGCGUCGUCGGCGGCGCGAUGCGGAGCCGGGUCGUUUGGAGCUCCCGACCACAAGCAGCGGGCACGGUCUUGGAGUCUCUGGCGCCGUCGGGAUAGAGGACGGCGAGAUGCAGGACGUCGAGAUGCAGGACGUCGAGAUGGAGGAUGUCGAGAUGGAGACGGGGGACGACCCCGACGUCGAGACCCUCGACCAAAAGCCUCCCCCGACCACAUCUACGUCGCUGAGUGCCGGAGCGAAAUUUGCGCAAGCCGCCAGAGCGAAGCUGACGCACAGGGACGUGCUGGGGAUCCGGGUAAAGGUUGAGCUGGUGGAAGUUCUUCCGGAGAAACCGGCGGACGAGGGCAGUGCCGCAGCUGCAGCCAGUAGAACAAGCGUUGCAAACACGACGGGAACUGGUGCAGACGCUGCCACUGCAGAAGCGACGAAGAUGACGCCGGAGCUAAUAACUUUGAAGCCAGUGCAACUAUCCGGAACGAAGAAAAAGCCCUCCUCCCCAUAUCGAAGUCGCAAUAUGUGAUCCAGAUUUCCACAAAUCAGCUUUACCAUACUAGAAUGAAGGGAGCAGAUGCAUUCCUCAAAACCACACUUGUGCCGUAGCGCGUACGUCGCGCCUUGUCCGCAUCUAAAGCCGCGGCUUGCGCGCCUUGUCCGCGUCUAAAACUGCGGCUUGCGCUCGGCUCUAUAUGUUUGUAAAGCGGCCGAAUCCUGUUUCUUGUUUCUCUUUCGCCUAGUCCUCUGCUGACCUUAUCUUGAUCACCUCGCGCCAGAUACCAUCACAGUAGGCAGCACACCAAACGCCGCCGCUCUGGUCCAUUUUUCUGGAACUUUGUAAGUCUAACCGGCGCGCCUUGUCCCCAUGCUAUGGUGGACAAUUCGCGCCAAGUAACGUAGAAAGCAGUAGGAAUGUGGCUGCAAAAGUCUGGAACCUGAAGAACCCUUGCUCCAAGUCUUCAAAAGUAGUGCUGCGACUUUCAAGCUUAGGCCUCGCCUUGUCCCCCUCUGUUUCUGGUCUCGGGCUCCUCUUCACAGGGAUACGGACCAGGGCCAGGCUUUCCGUUGUCGGCAAGGCGGGAACGUCGUGUCUCGUCGCGGAACGGUGCCGCUACCGGCCGGCGACGUCCACUGUUCGUCUCUAGACACGGCGGCGUGCUCGACUGGGCUCGCAAAGGUUCUCGCAUUAUGCUCAAAAAGUUGCGCGCUAGGCCGUUCCGGAACACAAACGCGGUCGCCGGGCCCGACAGCGUGCUACUAUGCUUCUACGGUAUACGAAGCAGUGAACUAUUGCGGUAGAAGCGCGCUUGUUUGUAGUCCGAGCGAGGUGCUCGAGCGUCUGAAGCCCUUCUGUAGUCAGACAGCAUUCUGUAGUCAGAAACGGCGCUGGUGUUCCUUCGAGCGUCUGACCUAUGUGAUUGAUCGGUGUUCUCCGUCGCGCGGAGGAAAGCAGCAUCACAAAUUUUGGCUUCGUUACGGGAAGGGGGGCGCUUCCUCACAAUAGCAACCGAAAAUCACAUUCCAGCGCCUUCCUACCGAAGAGGAAAAGGAAGCUGAGGAGGACGAGCGCCCGGCUGUUCUUGCGGCGCCUUCGGCUUUCGAAUACUGGCGCGAGCUUUACCCGUAUCUGAAGAUGAAACUUUUCAAGAGCGCGAUUCUCGUGCCGUUCAACGACGACGACAAGUUUGACUUUCAGGAGGGCCGCUCCCUCCGCGCCGCGCUGGUCGAUCUCGGUGUCGACGCGGACGACAUUCUGCUAACCCUGGGCAUCCCCGCGAGAUUGUUGCAGAAACCGGUGCAGUGGGUGGACAAGGAGAAGUUCGAAAAACAUCUGCUGCAAAUUGCGCCGAGGCCUCCCCUUGGGGAGAACCCAAACCACGACGGAUCUCUGCAGGCGGAGGCUGAGUUGAAUCGGGACGAAGACGAGGUCAUUUGCGAUUCCGCAAGCGAGAGCGCCAGUGCCAGUGAGGGGGAGGAAGAUGACAACUGCUCGCCAUUCCACUCCGUUCAGUUUCUCCGGGACUUCGGGUUAAAUUGUGCGGUCGUCGUCUCUAUUCAUUGCAAAAGUGUCUGGGUCUGGAAGAAUGUGGGAUCUGUGUUUGUCAUGCUAGUCGGGCAUGACGCUGGGCUUUGCAUUGCGUGGCCAGCAAGAGCUCCUCUUGUCAUCGUCUGUCAUCUUGUUAUGCGGAAUACGCAACACGGAGCCAAGGAUAAAUCUGUCAUGCCUGGCGAUGCGUUACAGUGUGCUUUAUUUAGAUUUUCACUGAAAUGCAUCACAAAUUUCCAGACCCAAACACCUUUGCAAUUGAUAGCCUCCAAGGUCGAACGGGACCCGCGCACCAAUGAGGUGAUCAGGCUUAAGGCGAAGGCUUGCAGUUGUCCCAGAUCUUUGCAUAUCUGGUUGGACUGCAAGCACACAUUUUAUACCGACACCUGGACGGCGGAAAAAGACCCGAAGGGCAAGCGCGGCCGCAGGAAGGGGACGACCGACGCGCAGAAGGGCGCGGAGACCUUCCUGGAGGGUGUUGCGGUUGCGCGCGCCAAGGAGAAGGACAAGAAAAAGGCAGAGGAGGAAGCCGCCGCGGCGGCAGCAGAGGCGAAGGAAAGGAAGCCGCUGAGAAGAAAGGCAAUGGGGUGGAAGGAGAUGAACCUGCAGAAGUACGCUCUCCAGUGCCCCGACCCCCCGACGCCCUGGACGGCCCUCGCGCGGCCAAUCUUCAAACGCUGGCUCGAUGCGGGUUUUUCGUUGCGGCUCUUUCAGGUACAUGCUGUUUUGCUUUUUCAGUUGGGGUAACAUGAAUCUCGAGCAGCAGCCUCAUCGCGACUAUAUAAUUUCCAACGCGAACAAAGUGACUCGCGCAGAGCGCCAUUCUCUUUUCUUCAAUGAAAACGCCCUGUGUUUUCUAUCAGUCUCACCACGCUGAACAUGCAGCGCAAAUACCAAAUAAACAGGUUUCCCAGGCCGGGAUCGGCUUGAGAAUGUUCACCAAGGCGACGCAGUUUGGAAGCUACGCCGAGGCCACGGAAGUCCAGGCGGUUGCCAAAGGUCUGCUGAAGCAGAAGAAGGAAGGCUUGUUGGAGGAAGAGGAUGCGACGCAGGGCGCCGACUUUGCCGAUGUUGUCAGGGCCGUCGUGGACACGUUGAACAGACCCAGCGCGCACGACGUCAUCUCCCACCUGCUUGCGGAGGGCGAAUCAAGGAGCAAGACUUAUUAUGGCCACUACAAAGGCUGCACGGGCCCGAAGUUGCGCGACGUCCUUGGGCAGGCCGUCAACUGCUUGGUCGCCAUCAAUGUUCUCGCCGUCCAGCACCUGAAAUUUACGGACAGUCGCCAGCGGCGCGUGGAAUAUGAUGCCCUUUUUGUCCCCCUCCGGGAAGCAGCAGCGUCUUCGUCGAAGCCAGCCGGCAGGGGACAAGGCAAAGCGCCAGCUGCGCAACCGCCGCCGCCAGCUGCGCAACCGCCGCCGCCAGCAGCUUCCUCGAGCCGCAACAGCCCGAACAUCUCCACGGACACCGGUGCCAAGAGUAAAAAUGCCGGCGCGGUGAUAUCCUAUGGAAAAGCGCACCCAUUACAGAGCGUGUGCCUACACCCGUGCUGUCAUGGUCUAGGGAAGAAGUAGGCGCAUCUUUGUCAUGUGUGUGGGCUCCUGAGUCGAGACAUUGUUCUCCUUGCAGUGGGUGAUCUUCUUCAGAGCGGGAAUCUGUUUGCAUGAAGAUUUCAUUUGCAAUGGCAUCCCUAGCCCCCAAAAAGAGAUCGCAAUCUGUAGAGUGGGCGCUUUCUCUUAGAGGAUACCGAAGCAGCAGCUCCUCCGUUGUCCCCGCCCAGGCGAAAAAGGCUCCGGUCGUAAGUGGUUCCAGGGGUGCUGUGUUUCCAACGAGUUCAAUAGGUCCGUUCCCGGCGGCCGGCUCCAGUGCCGGUGCGUGUAGUACUAUCGUAGUGCUUUUAGAUUGCUUUCCAGUAGCUGUCUGCUGUAGCAUCAAAGAGUUUUUCCAUCGUCCACACUCUAGCGGCACAAUUUUCCUGGCUCGCGCGAAUUUAUUGCGUGUGAUAGUUUGCUAUGCCGUUUGCAAUACAAAUCCAUGUGUCUGGUGUCGGAAAUUAGCAAGCCUUUUCAUGCUGGUCUGUAUUGCGAGGCCCCGAAGAAGUCCUCCUGCUUGUCAUGACAAAACGCCGCUUCUCAUGCGGAGCACACAUGCAGCACAGAGUGGGGCUCGCUCGCAUCAUACAGCACAACUUUCCAGACCCAGCAGACGCAUUUGCACGCAAUUUGCACUGAGCAUACAUCUCAACACAAUAAACAGGACAAGGCAGUAAAAGCGAGGCUGGCAAGGUCAAGUCCAUUCCUAGUUCUUUCGCCAGCGGCAACAUCAAGGACAGCAAGACCGCCGCUGCAAACUUCGCGGCCCCAUCGGUUUCAGCGCGCCCCGGCAAAGAGGUCAACAGGACAGGCGCUGCAAGCUCCACAGCCCCAUCGGUGUCAGCGCGCCCCAGCAAAGAGGGGAACAAGACCGCGGCGGCAACCCUCGGAGCUCCAUCGGUGACGGCGUCGGCGCCCGACGGCGAGUAGGCGUCGGGGAGGCUUUUGAUUUUGAAGUUGACGGGAGAUGUAGACAGAGCGUGCUCGUUGCGAGUCUUUACUGUGUCCUUUUUCACAUUCUACCUACUUACUAACUUGGGCCAUCUACGUUCAUCUCGAUUCAUCUGCUUGUGCUCUUUAUUCGUGCCUACCGCUUUCAUACUCAUUUACUGACUCAUACUUGAGUAAGCCACUCACUCGUUAUCAAUCUGCUCCUCUACCACCACAGCUUCUUUUUGUAGACGGAGUCACACUCUUCAGAGCACUUUUUUGAAGACGAAUGAAAGCAGACGCAAAGGCAAAACGCCCCGCGCGACUUAGAUACAGCGACGCUAUAUUAUUUCGUCUAUGUGCCCCGUGCUUGAGUUUGAAUUUUGUUGCGCUCGGGAUUCUAUCUCUAUCCGGUUGAGGAACGAGUGCGGCGGUGUAGCUGAUUCCUGUGGGGUUCUUGUUGAGGGAUGGCCG